GAGCCUCCCUAGCGUCCAUACAGGAAUCUGGAGGGACGCUGGUGCUGGGGAGCAGUCACGCAUUACUACUUCAUCCAAUAUGUGGCUCCCUCUGCUGGUGCUGUUGGGUUUAAUCUUCCUAUACAGACGAUACAGAUAUGGUUUGAUCCUGAAGAAUCUUACAGACAAAUAUGUCUUCAUCACUGGAUGUGAUUCUGGAUUUGGAAAUCUGUUGGCAAGACAGCUGGACAAGCGUGGAGUGAAGGUUCUGGCGGGUUGUCUGACCAAGAAAGGAGCUGAAGACCUAAAGAAGGAGACUUCAAGCAGAGUGCAGACAGUCACUUUGGAUGUUACCAACACUCAGAGUGUUGUUGCUGCAGUCAAGUGGGCAUCUGAUAUUGUUGGCGACAAAGGAAUCUGGGGCAUAGUAAAUAAUGCAGGAAUUAGUAUCCCGAGUAGUAUGAAUGAAUGGAUGACGAAAGAAGAUUUCUUCAAAAUCAUAAAUGUUAACCUCCUGGGGGUUGUUGAUGUGACCAUCCAUUUCUUACCCUUGAUUCGGAAAGCUCGAGGACGAGUGAUCAAUAUAGCCAGUAUAGCAGGAAGACUGACUGUGUCUCCCGGAGGAUACUGCUUGUCCAAGUAUGGAGUGGAAUCAUUUUCAGAUACUCUAAGGCGUGAAAUGAAGCCAUUUGGAGUCAAGGUAUGCAUCAUUGAACCUGGAUUUUUUAACACACAAAUUACAAAUUCAGAAGUGUUAAGAAAAAGUUUAAAAUACAGCUGGGACAAUACUUCAGAGGAAGUCAAAAAAAGCUAUGGAGAGAAGUUUUUUCAGCAAAGUAUGGAGUCUUUGGAUCAAAUGUCAUCAUUGUGUAACACAGACCUUUCUCUGGUCACAAACUGCAUGGAGCAUGCUCUGACUGCCGUUUACCCCUGGACACGUUACUCUGUCGGAUGGGAUGCCACACUCUUCUACUUGCCACUUUCCUAUUUACCUACAGUGAUUUCUGACUUUAUAUUAUCUAUUGGAAUACCUAGACCAGCAGAUGCUAUCUGAUGAUUCUUCUGAAAUUCCACCAAAUACUUGGUAUCUUAAUGAUGUCAAUGGAUGGACCUACAUCUCCAUCCAACCCUACUACCUGUGUAACUUUACAGUUUAAUAAGUAAAGGAAACAGUACUUUGGA